GUGUGUAUAUAAAAAAUUUCAUUGACAUGAGUCAGGCUCCUGAUAUAGUAGGUAGAAUCAUGUUUUGAUCAGAUUAUCUCUUUUGAUUUUGUAAUCACCUCAAAAAUAACAGAAAUAAUGUGAUGUAAAUUUAGGUCAUAUCGCCCACCCACUGACUUCAUAAGCUUAUUAUGACAAUUUCAUACAAAUGUCUAAUAGUAUAAAAUGAUGAAGUGAUGACCUUUUGGACAGACAUGGAUGUAGACCGACAUGAAGGGCAUACUGAAGAUAAAACGGGCUCUUACGUUAAGUUAUAUUCAGUAAUUCUUGAAGAAAUCAAAUUUUCUUUUCAUGACAGCACUGUACCUUUAAUUAGUGACUGAUUUACUACAACACCUCGGUAGAAUCUAGUCGGACCAGGUCUGACUGAAUACUUGUAGGUUUCUUUAAAGACCGUUCAGUGUUGUCAUCGACAUUCAUACACAUGGCCAAUAUUCAAGAAAAUGUGUUUGUUUCAUCUUUAUGAGAUGUUGAAUCUUGCUUCAGAUGUUGAAGAGAACAAAACCAACUUUGUGAAAACUACAUUCAUGACACAAAGUGAACUCGCGCUAGCAGCCUGCAGCUUCUGCUUCAGUGUGUAACAAGUGCUUAUGUGGCCUCCAGGCUCCAGACAGCCAGUCCACCUGCUGUUUGCCAGUGAGGAUGGCAAAUGGCUCGCUACAGCAAACGCCGACUGUGAGAUCCACGUCUACAGCCUCGACAAGCUAACGCUUCAUUGCACAGUUCCAGUGUACAGCUCGUGUCCCACUGCCAUAGCCAUCAACCCAACAACCAGCAACCUGGUGGUGGUGCAUGCUGACCAGCAGAUCUUUGAGUACUCUCUGGUGCAGAAGGAGUACACAGCGUGGAGUCGCAGGCUGCAGAAACAAGGACUGCACUCUCUGUGGUUGGAGAGGGACACCCCCAUCACCCAUGUCGCCUUCAAUCCCAAAAAUCCAGCUCACAUCAUUCUGCACGACAUGUUCAUGUUCUGCAUCAUCGACCAGAGUCUGCCCCUCCCUGAAGCUAAGAAUGUGCUCUACAACCAGAUGACACUGAGGAGUCUUCCUGAGCCAGAGAGGAUCAUACACAGCCACGCCUUCAAGAUAUGCAAGAACUUCCAGCACCUCAUGUGUGUGAGCUUGCUGGAGGACCAUUCUCUGGUUGUAGUGGAGCGCCCCCUGCUGGACAUCAUGUCUCAGCUGCCUGCACCAGUCCGCCAGAAGAAGUUUGCUACAUAAAGAAGUGAAGGUGUCUCAGCUCAGAGGCUCAGAGGAUCAUGGAUCCCUGCAGCUCCACAGCACAAAACCAUUUACAAUGAAAGUGUUCAUGCGUCACCACUUUGUAGAAAUUGCUUUGAAAAAGUAAUAAAUGGAACAAUUUACA